GUGAUGGGUGUCAGCCGGUAUAUAUCUCCUUGUCCUCAACUUUUUGUCCGGUAUUUCGAAUUUAGUGACAUUAAUAAUUUUUUUUUUCUCUUUUUUAAUUACAGUUUAAAAAAAAAUUAUAUUUUUCUUAUUUAACGUGAAAGUGAAAUUUGAAUUAAAUCAGGUGACUUUAAAACAGUGACAUACAUAUUCAGAUAUACACUUGAAACCAAGAGAGAGAGGUAUGUCAUAGUACAAAAGGAGAACGUGACGUGCAUCAAAUUAUACUCUCUGGAUGCUGUUGUCCAUAUAAUAAUUGUGUCAAAAAUUAUUUAUCAAUUGAAACUGCAGUUAGUGUGAAUAAUUUUAUUUUUUUUUUUUUUUUAUCAAAAUGAAUGAAGAAGCAAUGUGGAAAAACUUUUAUCAAAAAAUUGUCGAAGAAAAAGAACAAAAAGAGAAAGAGAAAAUAGAAAAAACAGAACACGAUUCAAGUAAAAAGCAAAACAGAAGAAAAAUGGCUCAUUUUCCAAAUUUAGAUGAGAAACAUCCUUACUUGGCAUUAGCGGCAAUUCGUAUGACAGAGAAACCAGAAGAUGUCAAAUUUACAACAGCAAAGUUAUAUUGGAAACUUGCCGCUUUUCAUUUUAUUCAUAACAAAAGCAGAUUACAGGAAGUGGAUGGUGGUUUUUUUGAAAAUUUAGGUACACUACUUGCAGAAAAAGUCCGUGCUCAACAACUUGAGGAGGGACCAAUUCCAGAAAAGAAGGAUCUUGCUGAAAAUAGUAAUAAUGAUGAAAAAGAGGAAGCACUCAGUGACACGGAUAGCAUUCUGGAAGUAACAGAAGCUUUAUUGGAAAGUGACAGCGAUAGAGAUGAAGCGGAAAUUGUUCAAAAUUUCAUGAUUCAAUCCAUUGGAUGGAACAUUGAAGAACUCUAUUCUGCAGUGGUAUUUAUGAUACAGCAUCAAAUUGGCUACGAUGAGUCCGAUGAGUGCGGUAAAGAAGCAAUGCUUUGUCAUUUACAACAGGCAUUUAAAGUUGAUAACGAAGUACAUGAACGAGUAUUGGAAGAAACCCGAAAUAUGGAGGCUCCGGAACUGCAUCUCAACGUGGAAGUGAUAGAGGCAAAGGAACUCGUUUCCAAGGAUGCAAAUGGCUUAAGUGACCCUUUUUGUGCACUUUAUCUCGAGUCGGCUCCAACUCGCAGAUACAACACUGCCGUUAAGACAGAAACACUCACCCCAACAUGGGAAGAGCAUUUUGAAUUACCUGUGAGCGAUUCAAUAAAUGAUGUUUUGGCUCUGGAAGUAUGGGAUUUUGACGCUGCGGAAACGGUACCGGAAAAAAUGAAUAAAGUCAAAGAUGUAAAGGGUGUACGUGGACUAAUGAAACUUGCAAAAGAAAUUGCUGUCACAGCAACAACUGGCAAUCACGAUAAUGAAUUCAUUGGACGCACUCGAAUACCUCUAAAGGACAUUCCAGUGUCAGGAAGUUGUAUUUGGUAUCCAUUGGAAAAAAAGAACAAGUCAAAACGAAGAGGUGUUGUCAGAUUAAAAUUGGCUUUUAGCGCUGAACAUGAUACUCAGGUGUCAUGUCAAGAACACAGGCAUUUAUUGAGAAUAUUAUUGAUGCACGAAUUGGAUACACAAAAAAUGGAAAAAUAUUGUUGGUCCAGUAAAUGGUCACCACCAGCAGAGGCAUUAAUUUUACAGCAUAUUGCACAAAGAGGACUUUUAACGAGAAAUGUUUCACUUGCCGAAUGGGUUGAAUUUUCACGUGUUCAUCAAGAACAUCCACUUAGUUUUACAUUAUUUAAUAAAAUUAUUCUCGAAUUAUUGAGACCAUUGGAAAAUAAUUUAUUUUCAUCUGAUGAGACAAAACUAUUUUGGGAAGCGACGAGAAAAUUAAUUUAUUCAUGUUUAAAUUGUAUUAGAAAAAUUAGAAAAUUCCCCGCUGAAGGAAAUAAUGUUUUUCAUCAACUCUCUGCUAUUUUAGGAAUAUUAUCGUCAAUAUCAACGCUAAAUAUUCCUGAGAACGUGGAUCUUUUUCCAGCAAAAAUGUAUAGUUGGUUUCCAGAACCAGAUGGAACACAAAUUAAUAUUCUUCAAGCUUUGGAAUAUACUGUGAUUCAAGGAGGAGCUGAAUGGUUCGAAUAUAUAGAGGGAAAUAAUACAUUAGAGGGUCAUUCAGAUGAAGAAGCUUUACAAUUUCAUAUUAAAGUUAUUCAAUUGAUAAGAGCUGAUUUACAACGAGCUAUCGAAAUGCAUGAUAAAAUUUUUAUCAAGAGAAUCAACUUUCCGUAUGCAAGGACACUUUACGUUAUGUAUGAAAAAAGAAUCAGUGAUAUGUGUAUGAUUAUUGUUGAAGAUAUUUGUGCAAGAUUAAAAAGAAUACAAAUUGAAAGUAGCGAAGAUGCUGAAUUGGGACUUGGUACAACUUUAUUUGAACUUUAUUUAGCUCUUCAAAGAUAUGCAGCGCUUGGACACGUUUUGUGUGCAGAAGGACUGGAGGAGAUGAAAAUUCAAAAUUACUACGACUGGUUUAGGGCUGGAGUCGCCCACUGGUUGGACAUUGCUGUUUACAAGGCUUUAAAGCGAAUUGACAGAGCAGUAGAUUUUGACACUUUACAACCAGUCGACAGCACUGUUCAAUAUAGUUCCAGUGCUGUAGACACAUUGACAAUCUUUUAUCAAAUCAAAGUCUUUUGGACACAAUUAGCAUGGCCGGAUAUUGAAGGAUCUUAUACAUUUAUUGCCAAAAUUAUUGACGAUAUUUGCAAAUGUUCGAUAGCAUACGCCGAUAAAAUGGCAAAUAAAGCGGAACAAGUUACACAAAUAGAACAAGACAAUAUAUCGAAUAAUAGUGUUUAUGAGAGGAAAUUUGAGGUCUCAAAUGCCUGGUGUUUUGCCAUUAAUAAUAUUGACUAUAUCAGAACAUCUAUUGCCCCUUUGGCUAAUGACUUGGGAAUGCAAGGUAUUGUUGAUGCCCUCUUGGAAAACAAGCCCGAACAGGAAGCUGAACGUUGUAGGCAAACUUUGCAGCUUAUUAUUGACAACGCAACAGACAGUGUUAAAGACAAAAUUAUUGAUUUACUCAAGAUGGUUGCUAAUAACAUGACACCUGCUAUUAACAGAUAUCUAAUGGAAGGUGCUGAAUUGAUAGACACAACAAGCAAUGCAAUGGAUCGAUUACUACAUUAUUUGGAUUCAAAUUUAACAACGCUUCAUGAAAAUCUCAAUCAAGAUAAUUUCACCACUGUAUUAAUUGUUAUUUGGGAAAUUAUUUCUGAAACAUUAUGGGAUUUGGUCAACAGUAAUUUGGAGAAAAGGAGACCACCGUCCUUCUAUUCGAAUCUGCACCGUACUCUUCACACCCUCAUCCGGUUCUUCAACCUCGGAGCGGACGAGGCUGCGAAUGUUCAAGUAUUGGAGAAGAUUGAGAGCCUCUUAAAGCUCCAUGGGCUCGAAACUGCCGAGUUGAUUCAUCGAUAUAAUCUCGAAAGGAUUCGAGAGCAGAAGGAACUUGAGGACCCUGUAUACGGUCUCCUUACUGUCAGGGCACAGUUUAUCGACAACUCGUUGAACAUUCAGAUUCUCAAUGCGCGAAAUCUCAGACCAAUGGACAGCAAUGGCGAUUUUAUAGGAAAGCUGUCCACUCUUGAACGCAAACUGCACUCAAAAUCUAAACAAAGACUGACAGAGGGGAAGACAAGAAAAUGUGAUCCUUAUGUGAAACUUCGAUUACUGCCAGAAGAAAAAUUUGCGGAAGCUAAAAUGCCAAAAACUCGUAUUCAUAAAGAAACACUCUUCCCUCUGUUUGAUGAACAUUUUAAUAUUUCUUUGACAACGGAACAAAAAGGCAUAGAGGAUGCAAUUUUAGUAUUUGAGGUGAAAGAUAAGGAUUUUCUACGAACAAAAUUCAUGGCUGAAGCAUUUUUAAAUUUCAGCGAAAUUCCUGAAACAGGGCCUGACCAGCAUAUCGAAACCCUGGAGCAAAUCCACUUGAAACUUUCUCGACCAAUUACGAAGAAUACGGAUGCUGUACGAGCUUUGGAGAAUAGAAAAGGCGACAGUCUAGCAAUGGAUUUCAUUUCGAAAUUGAAUACAAAAUUGAAUGCAAGAUAAUCAUGGAAUGAGCGGGGUUCAACUUUAAUUGUCAAAUUGAACGCCCGUUCAUUUUUAAAACGUUCCAUAUUCUCCAAAUUUUCUUUAAAAAUCUUUAAAAAUACGCGAAUUUAUCCUGGAUAAAUAUUGAAAUAAUAAUUUCAACUAAUUAAAAAAAAAAAAACAAACAAAUAAUAAAACUUUCUACAAUUUAUUUUUACAAUAAUUUUAUACAAAUAUUUAAUAACUAUAAAUUGCGCUUAUUGUAGAAUAUUCUACAUAUACGUAUGAUUUUAUUUUUUUCUGUUCAGCAUUAGAAAGAAGCCUGGGAAUUUUUUUUUAAAUUAAUAAAUUGUCAAUAAGCAUAUUUUAUGAAAACUCUCAAUUAACUGAAUAGAAUUAUGAAAGCAAAAUGAAAAAUCUUUAGAAAUCAUAAUAAGAGACUUCAUAUGAUAUGUGAAAUAAAUAUAUAUGUAUAGAAACAUUUUUUUCCAUGGCGAGAAAAAUGUCAUUACCAUUUGAGAUUAAUUUUAAAAUUUAAUUAAAUUUAAACUAUUUUUUAAAAAAUGAAAAAGAAAUUCAAAAGAAUUUUUCUAACAUUGCAAAAAUUUUCAUUAAAGGCUGUGUGAAUUUUUUUUUGAAAUAUACAAUAAGUGCAGUUCUUUCGUUCAAAGUUUUAUUAUGGAAAAUCAUGUUUAAAAAAAUUUUUUUUUUUACUACCAAACAGAAAUCAGUCUCUAUAAGUGGCAAAAAUUUAUACAGUUUCAACGGAAAUUCAACUAUGUAUUUAGUAUGAAAAUUACUUGUGAAGAUUGUCCACUGAUGCAGAAACAAGAUAAUUAUUUACUUAACAAACCGUUAUUAUAUACCAUAAAUUUUCAUUUUUAUGUGUACUUAUGAUUCGAUGUUAAUUGCAUGAAACUAGAUCUGUAUGUAUAUGAAAACUACUGCAUAUAUUUAAAAUGUAACCAGAAACCUCAUUAUGCCAUAAAAUAUUCUAUAAUAACAGAAUAAGUUAAGGAAAAAUACUUAAUGAAACAAAUGUUAUAUAUCAAAAAAAAAAAAAAAAAGUGUAGAUUAUUUUUUUUUUUUAUAAUUAACAAAGCUUCAAAAUAAAUAAAAACAAUGUUAUUUGGAAAACUAUUUUAAAAAAGUAAUUCGUUACUUUAUAAAUGUUUAAUUUAACUUUUAACAAAAAUUUGUACAAAAUUGAUCUUUUUUUAAAACAAAUGAAAUUUUUUUCGAUAUUUUAUAGAAUAGUAUAAUUUUUAUAAGAUUAUGAUUUUCUUUAAUUUUUGGAAAUAACAUUUCAUAUUUUAUUGUCAUUCAUCGUUGUAUAUUUAUUUAUUGCAUAUAUAAAAAAUAAAAUAUUUUAAUAAUCA